AUGUCUACCGAAGUGGAGCGCAUGGCAACUCCACAGUCGGACGAACAUCCCGAUCGUGCGGCAACUUCGUACAGCGACGAAAAAAACAACAAAGAAUCACACUCCAGGCCAGGAAUGACCCAGACAGAUCCUGAGGCCGAGAUGGAACAGAAAGAGAGGACGAUUCGCGGCUUUCCUUGGUUCAUCGUCUGUGUCUCCCUGUACAUCACCUGCUUCCUCUACGGUCUCGACACAACAAUAGCAGCAGACAUACAAGGUCCCGUUGUUCAAGCGUUUGGCCAGGUCGAACAGCUGGCCUGGAUUGGAGCCGGUUUCCCGUUGGGUUCCGUUUGCGUCAUCCUCCUACUCGGUACACUUUUCAACACCUUCAACAUGAAAUGGGUCUACAUAGCCACUGUGAUCGUUUUCGAAGCCGGCUCAGCUCUUUGCGGUGGUGCACCCAACAUGACAGCUCUCAUCGUCGGUCGCGUCAUUGCCGGCGCUGGAGGCAGUGGCAUCUAUCUGGGAUCGUUGCAAUACUUUAGCGUCGUGACCACAGAGAAAGAAAGAGGCUUCUACAUGUCCUUGAUCGGCGUCUUCUGGGGCCUGGGAGCCAUUCUGGGACCAGUCAUCGGUGGCGCUUUUGCUGUAUCUGCAGCAACUUGGCGCUGGGCCUUCUACAUCAAUUUGGUCAUUGGCGCGAUAUCUGCUCCAGCUUUUAUCCUGUACCUCCCGCCGAUUCGUCCCAUGCAAGGAGUCAGCAUUCAAGCUCGUUUGGUCUCAAUCGAUAUCGUCGGCUUCUUUCUCGGCGCGGGUAUGUGGAUCAGCUUUCUCUUGGCCUUCACCAUGGCUGGGGGCCAAUGGCCAUGGAACGACGGACGCACCAUUGCCACCUUUGUGGUCUUUGGCGUAGUGCUGGUACUCUACAUGUUACAGCAAUACUUUUCCGUCUUCACUACGCCAGCGCGACGCGCCUUUCCAGUCCAUCUGCUACACGACCGCACACAAGUGCUGCUCUACGUUGUAACAGCAGCCGGAACUACGACGCUUUAUGUCGUUGUCUACUACAUCCCCCUCUACUUUCAAUUUGUCAAAAACGAUGAAGCACUCAUGGCCGCCGUACGUCUACUCCCCUUUGUGGUCAUCGGUGUCACGGUGAAUCUCAUCUCUGGAUCCCUUCUUCAUCUCAUAAAGGUCUAUAUGGUACUCUACGUUGUUGCUAGCGUAUUCCUGCUCGUCGGUGGUGGUCCCAUGAUGGUCUAUCUCGAUCCUAGCACCUCAACGGGAACUAUUUACGGCCUGUCUAUACUUGUCGCCGUGGGCACCGGUUUGUCCAUGGUCACCGGCUAUACUGUGGCGACCUUGACUCUGAGCCCAAAUGACGUGGGUGCUGGCCUCAAGAUGCAAAAUGUUUCGCAGAUUGGCGGCCAAGUCAUCGCGCUUGCUCUCGCCGGUCAGAUCUACCAAUCGACUGCUAUCAAGCAGCUGAAGAUGGUUCUUGCUGGUAACGACUUCUCUGAGGCCGAAAUUCGAAGCGCGGUAGCAGGCUCUCAAAGCAUGUUGCUGAAGGAACUGAGUGGGGAACUGCGCGAAAGAGCCAUUGAGGCUAUUACCCACGCUAUGCAGAUGACGUUCGUCUUAAUCCCAGUAGCAGGAGGUAUCAUGCUUGUCGCAGCUCUAUGUAUGAAGCGGGAGAAGCUUUUCGGGAGGGCUAUCGCAGUUGGUGCCUAA